AUGGAUUGGAAUGCCCACCUCGAGUUCCUCAGAGAACUCAUCAUCUCCGCAGCCAUCCUCACUUUCGGACAUUACACCAACAUUAUCCCCUUAACGUCCUUCCUCGGCGUCUCAAGCCCAAAUUACAUCCUCCCCCCACUAUCCGUUCUGAUUGGUCAUCUCCUCUGGCACAUCUUCGCCCCGGACGCUCGUCCGGAGGAUCCCACUGAGUACCUCAUCCUUGCGCGGGCGUACUUCUUCAACUUUGCGAUACUAAUACCUGAACCUGCGCCAGAGGUCGACGAGUUUGGAUGGAGGCACGAUGUCAACACGACUAGACUGAGGGAGCCCUACGCUUUGGACGAGUUCCCUGAAGAUAACGUGUUUUUGAGGCAUGGAUUUUCCAAUCAGUAA